CACGUCACUUGUCAAAAUUGGUCAAAAUCACAGGUCAAAACAAACGCCGCACCGGGCAGUGAAAUUAAUAAUUUUAAUUAAUAGUUAACUAUAUCAAAAUGACUUCUAUAGCUUCUGUAAUCCCUAAACUGUACCAAGAAUACACAACAAAAACUCCCAAAAAGCUGAAGAUCAUAGACGCGUAUCUUCUAUACGUGUUCUUGACCGCCGUCAUCCAGUUCGUGUACUGCUGCCUCGUCGGUACCUUCCCGUUCAAUUCCUUUCUCAGCGGCUUCAUUUCCACUGUCAGCUGCUUCGUACUCGGAGUGUGUUUGAGACUUCAAGUGAAUCCAGAGAACAAGACUGAGUUCCUAGGACUGAGCGCUGAGAGAGGAUUUGCAGAUUUCAUAUUUGCACACCUGGUUUUGCACAUAGUUGUUAUCAACUUUAUAGGUUAAGAUUUUGUUUCUCUAAUUGGUUUCAUUCCCUAAUAAUAAUGUUAUAAUAUCAACUUUA